UUCAUCAGUUUUUUUAAGACAACACGUGCAUUGUUUUCUACAAAAAAUUGUGGAAACUAAGAAAUUUUAUCAAAAAAUUUCAAGUGAAAUGUCUGAAAUACAAAAGAAAAAACGUAUUUCAAAGAAAAAUAAAUCCGCCUGGCGUAAAACUGAUAUAAAAGAUGUAGAAGAAUACCUAGAAGAACAGCGUCAAGAGGAAAGAAUUGGCACCUUCGAGGAUAAAGCCGAUCAGGAACUCUUUCAGGUUGAUGUAGCUCCUUCAGAAGCUAAUAAAAAGAAACUUUUAACCGAAAAACAAAAGAGAAAACUCAAUGCCAAAAAGCCUAUGAAAUCUUAUCAGGCAUUGGAAAACACUUCUAAAGUACAAGAUCCCAUAGUAAAAAGAAACAUUAUUAAAAACCAGAAAAAGGCUGGCCGCAAUAUUGAGGAAGAGGUUUAUAAUCCCAAGAAACCUAGGGACAUUAAAGCUACCCAGGAUCGUUUGAAAACUUACGCUAAAGUAGAAGCUAAAUUGCAAAAGAAAGCGGCCAAGGUAUUGGAUAAUACUAAAGAUUUAUGGGUUGAGGAAGAUUUUCGUGAUAAAAUCCCUGGUCUUAAAGAUGAGAAGGGUUGGAUUUCUAAAGAACUUAGUGUUUAUCAUGCUCAACAGUUGGGUUUGCCAGUAUUUAAAGUACAUGAUAGCAUUAGACAUAGAACCACAAAAGCCAAGAACUUUGAACCUCCUCAUCCGGGCAUAAGUUAUAAUCCUUCUUUAGAAGAUCACCGAAAACUUAUUGCCGCUGUAGUCGAAAAAGAAGAAAAGAUUAUUAAAGAAAAUAAACAUUUGAAACGUGUCACCACAAAAAUGUUCUCUAAAGUAACGCCCGAAGAAAGUGAACGUUUGAGACUCAAAGAAAUGAGGUCUGGUAUGGAUGAUGACGAUGAGGAACAGGAAAAUGAAAAUACAAAACCGGCAGCAGAAGAUGAAGAUGCACCCUAUCGUACUAUAAAUCCACCAGUAGAAAAUAAAAAGAAAUCCAAGACAGCACGCAAUAAAGAACUCAAACAAAAAGAACUACAAAAGAAGCUGGAAGAGAAGAGGGCAUUGAAAAAACAAAUUGCAGACCUCAAUCGCAUUAAGUCUUUGAAGGCCGAGGUAUUAGCCGAAGAGGAAGAACUCAAUGAAUUGAAAAAGAGACGUAAGAAGACCGCGUUUAAAAAGAAAUUUGAACCUAAACGUUUGGGUCGCCUCAAGUAUGUUGAGCCCGAUCAAGAUCUUACCAUGCCCGAAGAUUUAGCCGGUAAUAUGCGUAAUAUUAAACAAGAAUCCAGUUUAUUGGUGGAUCGUUUCAAAAAUUUCCAAAAACGCAAUAUUCUGCCCGUCAGUGUGGCUACUGGCAAGCAGAAGGCACCCAAGGUCAAACGUUUCCCACGCAGUUCACACAAGGAUCCUGGUGUUUCCUAUCAAAUGUUGCGCGAACAACGUUUGGCUCAAAAGAAGAAGACAGCCGCCCCUGCUAUGUCUUUAUAGUUUUUUACUUAGUUUUGUUAAAAUUUUCAUAUAGAUUUUAAUGAAAUUUAGUUUUUAAGUUUUUUGCGAAAGGAAAGAAAUCUGUUUAUGCAAAAGAAUGCAUAAUAUAGUUAAUAAAUUUAAAUAAAUGUAAAAUUACAUACUUUUUUAAU